AUGGGUGCUGGUUGUUCGCGUUGCACGUCGACGGAGGAUGCACCUGCUCAGUCAGUUGUCCAUGUGAAACCUGCAGCUGUUUCUGAGGAGCCUGCCCCAUGGGCUCCGGCAAAGAAAGUUGACGAAGAAGAGACGCCUGCCUCCCCUGCUCCUGUUCCCACUCUCGUGGUUCCGCGGAAGCCCGAUCAGGCACAAACGGCCGAGAGCUUAGUCUAUGGAGGAAGCAGCCGGAAAAUUACAAUCUUGCACUUUAAUGACGUGUAUAAUAUUGAGGAACAGGCUCGCGAGCCGAAGGGUGGAGCUGCGCGGCUGUGCGCAAAGAUCAAGGAGUACAGGGAGAGCGGUGCUAACCCGCUCGUUCUGUUCAGCGGUGACUGUUACAACCCCAGCUUGAUGUCCACAAUCACCCUGGGGAAACAGAUGGUACCCAUCCUCAACGAAAUUGGCGUGACUGUGGCUUGCAUAGGGAACCAUGACUUCGACUACGGUCUGGACAACCUUAUGAAGCUUAACUCCCAAUGCAAUUUUCCCUGGCUGAUGGCCAAUGUGUGGGAGAAAGGCACAGACCUGCCGUACGCGGGUGCUGGCACAGUUUGGGUGGAGGACUGGAACGGCAUCAAGGUGGGUAUCGUGGGCCUUGUGGAGGAGGAGUGGCUGGAGACGUUGGGCGCGGUCAACGUGGAUGAAAUGGAGUAUCACGACUUCAUCCAGGUCGGGAGGGAGAUGGCGCAGCUCAUGAAGUCCAAGGGCGCUGAGCUGCUCAUCGCGUUGACCCACAUGCGCGAGCCCAACGACCGCAAGCUGGCAGCAGAAGUGCCGGAGUUUCACUUGAUCCUGGGGGGCCACGACCACCACUACGUGAGCGGCUUCAUCGAGCCGCACAACAAUCUUAUGGUCAAGUCAGGUACGGACUUCCGGGACCUGUCCCUGAUUGAGGUCGAGUUCCCCUUUGGCAGUCCCGACCCCAAGAUGAGUGUGGAGCGCCUUAUCAUCGACUCGUCGGUGCCUGAGGACCCGCCGACGAAGGCGAUUGUGGACGAGUACAUGAAGCUUAUGGGUGAAAAGAUGGAUGAGGAGAUUGGUGAGACGCUGGAGCCGCUGGACGGCCGCUUCCAGACGGUUAGGAACAGAGAGUCCAAUUUGGGCAAUUUCGUGGCGGACGUGUGGCGCAAGUCGGCCAACGCGGAGAUUGCGAUCCUCAAUUCGGGCUCGCUCCGAUCGGAUAUGAUCCAUCCGGCAGCCGUGCUUAAGGCGAAGGACUUCGUGUCCAUUCUGCCGAUGAUCGACAACACGAUGCUGCUGGAGUGCACGGGAGCGCAAGUGGUGGCGGCGCUGGAGAACGGCGUGUCGCAGUGGCCCAAGCUGGAGGGGCGCUUCCCGCAGGUCAGCGGCCUCAAGUUCAAGUUUGAUCCGUCCAAGCCUCCAGGGCAGCGCAUUGUGCCUGGCAGCUUGUACCUGUGGGAGUUUGAUCAUGAGCCUGAGCCUCUCGACAUGCAGCGGAAGUAUAAGGUGGCUGUGAAGGAGUACCUGGGGCAGGGCAAGGAUGGUUUCCAAGUAUUCUUGGACUGCAAGGUGCUCGUUGACGGCGAAGCUGGUGUAAUUCUGCCUUCCACUAUCAAGUGCCACUUCAUCCAAUUGCGUGUGCUCAACAAGUGGGACGAGAAGAAGAUUUACACGCGGUCCCUGACGGCCCGCUGGUUAAAGAAAGUCAAGUCGGUCAAAAGCAUGCAAAGUCUUGCGGAGGCAGAAGCCAAGUUCACGAGAACGUCAACUUCAUAUUACCAGCAAAGGUCCCAUGGCCUUGCAGUACCGCACCCAGAGCACGGGCACUACUGCAUCGCGCCGAAGGUGGAAGGCCGUAUCAUCAACGUGCUGGAGGAGGUUAUGGAUGUGUAGUGAAUUGUUAGUUGGGUCGGAAGGUGUCUAGACUAGAGAAGGUGUCUAGACCAGAGAUGCUAUUGCAGGAGGUGCUUAUGCCUGUACAUAUAGCUUUCCAUAUUCAUUUCAAGUGUUUUGCAUGCUUAGUGUAUGCACGGUUCAACCGUAGGUAUGACUUGCCUGAUGCAGCGUGCUUGUUAAGCUAUCACCGUAGGGUUUCUCGGACGUUCAUUUUUGACUACAGACGCAGUGAGCAGGCUGUUGCGUAUGAGCUGUUUGCAUUGUGCAUGUUCGCAUGAGGACUUAGUCAGUUACAAUUACAUUCUUUUGCACGGUCCCUUGCUGCAACAGGCAUGGACCUACGAAGAUACGGAUAGUCAUGGGUACUGUGUGCACACAGGUGCACAGAAAUCAGCGUUCCACGCCCCUUGAAAUACUGUGCACGAUAUUAGUUCUGUGUACAAGUGUAGACGAUGCUAGUAUGGCCCGUUCAUUCAUUCCUAAAUGUACCCAACAUCCUGACUGUAAGUUACGAACUCCUCUCAUCAACGACAGCUGAACAGUCUUAAAAUAGAUGCCAGAUAUCUAUGCUGGACUAACCUCCUGCGGACAGCUACUUGACACACGACAGCCAACACCGCCGCUGACGAUCCCAGGGGCUGCAGCUGGGCUCGCCCUGCAGACCCUCACUGGACUUGGAGCGCGUCGGGAGCAACAGGCCCUUGACCGUAGCCCUUUGGUCGCCGGAAGAGCAUGAUAUGUGGCUCGGGUCGGUGAAUUGCGUAGUGUACCCAACCGCGGGAUUGCUGCACUCCCAAUGCGCGCCAUUCAUUCUCAGAUAAAAGGCGACCCUUCGGCAGCAGCUGUGCAAUCUCUUGGGGAAGCACAACAUGCCUGUAUUCAUAGAUGUCAUCAUAGUAUUUCUCAGAGUAUUGGAUGUUGUUCUGAGCCAUCGCGGGCGGUUUUGUACUCAAGGCAAGACUGAAACAAAUAUUUUUUUAAAAAGAUUAGAAAGUUAUGAUCACAGCCUUAUGGCGUAAGAUGUACAAAAUCACGG